GUCGGCGUGUUCCCGGGCGUGUGUCCGUGUCUGUGUCUGUGUCUGUGUCUGUAAUCGGCGCGCGGCCCGGGACGAUCGCGGGGGGAUUCCCGUCCGCAGGCAUCACCGCUGUCGCCACCAUCACCCACGGAGCCACUUCCAGAGCGCGGGAGACCCGGCCCUUCGCCGGGCAUUGAAGAUGCUGCCCCUGUCCAUCAAGGACGAUGAAUACAAACCACCCAAGUUCAAUCUGUUGGGCAAGAUCUCGGGCUGGUUUAGGUCGAUCCUGUCGGACAAGACGUCUCGGAACCUGUUUUUCUUCCUGUGCCUCAACCUCUCUUUCGCUUUUGUGGAACUCCUCUACGGCAUCUGGAGCAACUGCUUAGGGCUGAUUUCCGACUCUUUUCACAUGUUUUUCGAUAGCACUGCCAUUUUGGCUGGGUUGGCAGCGUCUGUUAUUUCGAAAUGGAGAGAUAAUGAUGCUUUCUCUUAUGGGUAUGUCAGAGCGGAAGUGCUGGCUGGCUUUGUCAACGGGCUGUUUUUGAUCUUCACUGCCUUUUUUAUUUUCUCAGAAGGAGUUGAGAGAGCGCUGGCGCCCCCCGACGUGCACCACGAGCGCCUGCUGCUGGUCUCCGUCCUGGGCUUCGUGGUGAACCUGGUGGGGAUAUUCGUGUUCCAGCACGGAGGCCAUGGCCAUUCGCACGGCUCUGGCCAUGGACACAGCCAUUCCCUCUUUAACGGUGCCUUGGACCAGGCCCUCGGCCACGGAGACCAUUGCCACAGUCCGGAACUGAAACACGGCACCGCACAGAGCCACGACCACGCGCACAGCCACGACCAUGGACACGGACACGACCACGGACACUUCCACUCCCACGAUGGCCCCUCCUUCAAGCAGACAGCAGGCCCCAGCAGACAGAUUUUACAAGGUGUGUUUCUGCACAUCCUCGCAGACACGCUGGGGAGCAUCGGGGUGAUCGCGUCCGCCAUCCUGAUGCAGAACUUCGGGCUGAUGAUAGCAGACCCGAUCUGCUCCAUCCUCAUAGCCAUGCUCAUUGUCGUGAGUGUCAUCCCUCUCCUGCGGGAGUCGGUGGGCGUGCUGAUGCAGCGGACGCCGCCGCAGCUGGAGGGCGCCCUGCCGCAGUGCUACCAGCGGGUGCAGCACUUACAGGGCGUCUACAGUUUACAGGAACAGCACUUCUGGACCUUGUGUUCUGACGUGUACGUCGGGACCCUGAAGUUAGUGGUGGCGCCUGACUCUGACACCAGAUGGAUUUUAAGCCAAACACACAAUAUUUUUACUCAGGCCGGAGUGAGACAGCUUUAUGUACAGAUCGACUUCGCAGCCAUGUGAGGAGCGAGAAACUGCUGCUUUGGGGACCUCAUCUCUGGUACUGUACAACCCUGAACAUGUGCCCGGCAAUCUGAGACAGGGCAACACUACAGCGCCAGCCCAGGUAGACCAGAAGACCCGGUCAGCGCUAUGCGGGCGGUCACCACUGGGGGGCCAGGGUACAGACCCUCCCCCGGACUUGGGUCUGGCCCCUGUGCUGUCCCCGCCGCACCGUUGUGAUCUCUGAGAUGCUUUUUGUUUGUUUCUCCCUUUUCUUUUUUCGUUUCCAAUGUCCUCACGCCACCCCUCCUCCUGGCCAGUAAGAAAUUCAGAUCGUGGCCUCCAGUUGUCUGGACCGGCUCCACUGAGGCCGCUGGAAACUGCUGCUCUCAUUCCCACAAAACCAGUGUUCUUACAGAAAGAGCGAGAGCCGGGAAUCCGUUUUAUAUGUAAUGUCACACUCGCUGACGUUCUUCGGUGUAAUCACAUGUCUGUAAAAUUGUUUGUACCUUGCAAACUUAUGAAGCAAACCAUAUUGGGUUUUCCAAGUGCCUUCGCCUCAGAAAAAUGUAUUUGCCAGCAUCCGAGGUCAUGUCUGUUUCUCUAAGUGGGUAUUCUGUCAUCUGCACAAAAUGAGACUCUAGUUAGCGGUGUGCACCGUGUGUCUUUCUAUGGACUUCCAGCAGAGGUUUAGAUCUAUGGAAAGUUUCCGUCAUUGCUUUAUCUC